AUGGCGGCCCGGCUCGGGACUCAUCAGCAGCAGCAGACUGGGCUUUCCUGGGGGAUCCCAUCUUUAAUUCUCUUUUACAGGUUUAAUUUCGUGGCCAAGAAGCUGUACAAGAGGCUGCUCCAGCUUGGCGCCAGUGCCCUGCUGCCUGUGGGGCUGGCAGAUGACCAGCAUGACUUGGGGCCAGAUGCGGUGAUCGACCCUUGGCUCAGUACAUUCUGGGACAGGGCCCAGGCUAUCUACCCUCUCCCUGCUGGAGUAAGCGUGCUCAGCGACGACCACCUGCUGCCCCCGCGGUACCUCGUCCACUUCCUGGAUGAUGUCGCCGAGGACCCGCCGGUCAGGCCAGGUGACCCGCAGAGCCCUCCUCAGACCACGCCCUCCCAGUCCCACCCGUUCCAGGCACGGGUGAUCUCCAACGAGAGAGUAACCCACGCCUCCCACUUCCAGGACGUGCGUCUCAUAGAGUUUGACAUCGCCGGCUCAAAUAUGGAGUUCACGGCGGGCGACGUGGUGAUGGUCUGCCCCAGGAACGCCCCCGAAGACGUGGCGGAGCUGUGCCGGCUGCUGAGGCUGGAUCCCGCGCGCCGCUUCGUGCUGGCGCCCACGGACGGCGCCACUGUGCCCACUCGCCUGCCCCAGCCCUGCACGCUCCGGGACCUCCUGGAGAACUUCCUGGACAUCGCCAGCGUGCCGCGGCGCUCCUUUUUCGAGCUGCUGGCGGGCUUCGCCACCGACCAGCUGGAGAGGGAGAAGCUGGUGGAGUUCGGCACGGCGCAGGGCCAAGAGGAGCUGCACGCCUACUGCCACCGGCCCCGGCGCACCGCCAUCGAGGUCUUGGCCGAUUUCCCCCACACCACAGCAGUUCUCACCGUGGACUACCUGCUGGACCUUUUCCCCGAAAUCAAGCCCCGCUCCUUCUCCAUCGCCUCCUCCCUGCUGGCUCACCCCGACCGGAUCCAGGUGCUGGUGGCGGUGGUGCAGUACAGGACCAAGCUCCACAAGCCGCGCAGGGGCCUCUGUUCGUCCUGGCUGGCCUCCUUGGACCCCACACAGAGGGAGGUGCGCGUCCCCCUGUGGGUGAAGAAAGGAGGCCUGAGGUUCCCCAGUGAUGCCGACACCCCUGUGAUAAUGGUAGGGCCCGGCACCGGGGUGGCCCCCUUCCGAGCCGCCCUGCAGGAGAGGACGGCCCUGGACAGGACAGGGAACGUUCUGUUUUUUGGCUGUCGCUCGGAGUCCCGGGAUUUCUACUGCCGCUCCGAGUGGGAGGAGAUGCAGAAGGCCGGGCGUCUGACGCUCUUCACGGCUUUCUCUCGGGACCAGGAGGAGAAGGUGUACGUGCAGCAUCUCGUGCGCCAGCAGGCCGGGCUCCUCUGGGACCUCAUC